CUUUUCCACACUUCAUGAGAUGAAUACAGAGCGAUAUGAUCACAGCCUUGCAGUGUUGAAUGGUAAAGUGUAUGCAGUUGGUGGCAAAAAUGACACCAUUCCUGCUCUAACAUCUGUUGAGGUCUAUAACCGUCGAGAAAAUGUUUGGGAAGAAGGUGUUGCACUCCCGCAGGCAAGGUGCAAGUAUGCCAUUGCAGUGUUAGAUGGCUGCAUAUAUGUGAUAGGUGGGUAUGAUGCAGAUCAGAAGCAGACCUCUACUGUAUAUCGCUUAAAGCCAGGCGACUCCCAUUGGCAACCCCAGAAGGACAUGCCUGUUAGAGGUGCAGGUAUUGCAGCUGCAGCUCUCAACGGUAACAUUUACGUUGCUGGACUUCGGUCAAAAGUGAUGUGUUUCAAGCCAAGUGAAUGUGGUGGUUCCUGGAGUGUUGCAGCCAACACAGGAGUUGGAAGGUUGUGUGGAAUGGCUGUCUGUAAUGGGAGGAUUCUUAUCUAUGGAGGCUAUGACAAUGGCAAUGGAAGUAAAGAUGUCAUGUGCCUUAUUCCAAAACACCAGUCAUUGGCACGCAUAGGAUGUAUGAAGCAGGGUUUGUUUGCCCAUGCUUGUGUCACUAUACUGAGGUACAAAAAGGAAUCUUCAUAUAGGCUGUAUUAAAAAAGAAUGUACAAAGUCUUAUUUUGGUACUACAAUGUAUGUGACAUUGAGCAGCUGAUAAAGUGAAGCUUCCAUUGUUGUACUUUGUUGAACCUCAAAAUAGAAGAAUGAGUUUUAGUCAAGCAAAACAUGUGUAUGUACAUGUACGUACACUUCAUGAGUGUCUUUUUACCCAAUGUUUAUCAAUGACCACUCUUAACCAGUCCAUAUCUUGCUGACGCAAGGCAGAAUGAUUGUUUUGAUACACUAUCAUAUGUGACCAUUUAUUGUAAGUCUGGCAUUUAUUUGAUUGGUUGAUCGGUUGGUCAGUUGGUUGAAAAAUCAUUUUAUGACCAGCUUUCUUUUAUUUCAAAUAAGUUUGAUAAGUCAAUCAUUAACCUUUGAAUUUUGUUGUUGAUGUCACAGAAAUUGGCAGGUCUUUUAAGAGGCACUUAAGAAAAAUAUAACAUAGUUGUAGGUUGUUUUUUUUUUACAUUUGUUACUAACAAACAUACCUUUAGGUGAUAUCCAAUUUAAUUUAGUGCAAAUACAUGUUAUUCUUUCACAAUUCAUAUUUUUGUAUACUACAUGUAGUAACUUCCAUAACAGUAGGGGUCGAGAAGGAACAAGAAGAGAUAGACGAAAUUUCUUGUAAUUGUUUUAGUAUAUUUUUCACACAUUUUGAUGUUGUAGAAUACUAGUAU